UAAAAGUUCAAAAGCGCAGAUUGCGUAACCGUUUUAUAGGGACGACUGGAAAAGCAGAAGUAAAACCGGAGGAGAAAUUUAAAUCAGCAGACUUGAAAAUUCCACUAUUUAUAUCUAACGUACAUAAAGAGACGCUAGAAAAAGAUAUCGUCGAUUAUAUUAAAAAUAGAACCAAUGAGUUAGUCACACUAGAAAAAGUGACAAUGAAAAAAGACAAAGGAUACAAUGCCUACAAGCUUUACGUGUCCAAACAAAAACUUGCAGUAUUUUUAAAUGAUAACCUUUGGCCGGACGGAAUCUCGUUUAGAAGAUUUGUGCAUUUUAAGUACAGACAGCAAGAGGCCUCAGAUAAUGUGUUAAAAAAGAAAAAAAUAGCUAAUGCAUAGUACAGCAAAAUUUACUAGCUUCAACUGUAAAUCUGUUAAACGCUCUUUAGAAUGCGUAAGACACCUGUGUGAAACUUCCGACGUGCUAGCGCUACAGGAGACAUGGCUUCUACCUGAUGACAUAACGUUUUUAGGUGGGAUACAUCAAGACUUCAGCUACACUGGUAAGUCAGCAGUUGAUACAUCGGCCGGUAUACUCACGGGUAGACCCUAUGGUGGCGUGGCGCUCUUGUGGAGAAAUAACGCGUUUGAUUGUGUCAGUGUGAUCGAAUGUAGUAGUGUGCGUCUCACGGCAAUUAAAGUGUUCCAUAGUGACCGAACUUACAUAAUAUUUUCCGUUUAUAUGCCAACGGAUUCAGUAGACAAUUUAAUAGAAUUUACAUCGUGUAUGAGCGAGAUAAGUGCUAUUAUUGAAAAUGAAAAUGUCGACACUGUAUUUGCGUUAGGUGACUUUAAUUCCCAUCCCGGUACAUUAUUUCAUAAUGAACUGAUAAAUUUUUGCACGGAUCAGCAGUUGAUUUGUGUUGAUUUGGAGGUCCUCCCAGCGGACAGCUUUACUUACACUAGUGAUGCGCAUGGUUGUCGGCGCUGGUUGGAUCAUUGCGUUGUAACUGAGGCCGCAAGGCGCUCAGUCAUAGAUUGCAGAGUACUGUAUGAUACUUACUGGUCGGAUCAUGUUCCAUUACUGGUGGAGUGCAAUAUAAACUUAUUGAGAGAAAAGAAUGUAAUAAGUUAUUUCUGUAAUAAUAAAAUAAUUUGGGGUGACAGAAAUAAUAACCAAAUAGAAACUUAUAAAAAAUUGUGUCACUCUAAAUUAAAGGACGUAAAUUUUCCACAAGAAUUUAAAAGUUGUUGUAAUGAUAUAUGUAUAAAUGAUAAUCAUAAAUUAAUUUUAGAUACUAUGUACGGUAAUAUUGUUACUAUUCUUAGAGAAUCAGCGCAAAAUAGUUAUAAUAACAAAAAGAAUAGGAAAUAUGUUGCGGGGUGGAACAAAUAUGUUAGAAGUGCCCACGGGGAGGCUCGACUUGCCUUUCAAACUUGGGUCUUAUACGGUAAGCCAUCUUCGGGUUAUUAUUAUAAUAAAAUGUGUGAAACUAGACGAGAUUUUAAAUCAAAGUUAAAAUGGUGUCAAAAUAACGCAGAACAACUAAAAAUGGACAAGAUCGCAUCAAGUCACUCCCUAAAGAAAUUUAAAGAAUUUUGGAAACUUACGAAUAAGCUGAGUCCCAAGUCAAGCCUUCCCGCUAAUAUUCAGGGUCAAAGCCAGCCUGGAGACAUAGCCAAUCUAUUUAAGGAUCAUUUCAAAGUAGAGUCACCACGCGGUCCGUCUUCGCGAGUAAUCGAUAGUGAACGUCUUGGACGAUCGUGUAUAAGGAUAUCUCCCAAAGAAGUCUCUGAAGUAAUAAAUUCUAUGACUAGGGGCAAAUCACCAGGGCAUGAUGGGCUUAGUAUUGAACAUCUGGUACAUGCUGGUGCCCACCUGCCAAGAGUGUUGGCUAUGUUUCUAAGUUUAUGUAUAGCACAUCAGUAUCUUCCGACUGAUCUCAUGAAGACCAUUGUGGUGCCUAUUCUUAAGAACAGAACGGGAGAUACAUCAGACUUAAAUAAUUACAGGCCAAUCUCACUAGCCACCAUAAUAGCUAAAGUGCUGGACAGUCUCCUUGACAGACAAUUGCGAAAGCAUAUUCAUCUGCAUGAUGCACAAUUUGGUUUCAAACCUGGAUUAUCCACAGAGAGCGCAAUUUUAUGUCUUAAGCAGACUGUAAGGUACUACACAGAUAGAAAAACACCGGUGUAUGCCUGUUUUUUAGAUCUAUCAAAAGCUUUCGAUCUAGUCUCUUAUGAUAUCUUAUGGCGAAAGUUACAGAAGGAGACUAAUUUGCCCCAGGAGAUUAUUUCCGUAUUUAAAUAUUGGUAUAGUAACCAAAUAAACUAUGUUCGAUGGGGUAGUAGCUUUUCUGAGAGGUAUGGGCUGGAGUGUGGAGUCAGACAAGGAGGGUUGAGUUCGCCUACGCUUUUCAACCUAUACAUAAACCAGUUGAUUGUGGAGCUCAGCAGCACUAAAGUCGGUUGUUCUAUAGACGGAAUUUGUAUAAAUAAUAUAAGCUAUGCAGAUGACAUGGUGCUGCUGAGUCCCACGAUAGGUGCACUCAGAAGGCUGCUAGGAAUCUGUGAAUCCUAUGCAAAGACGCAUGGGCUCAAAUAUAAUGUAACAAAGAGCGAGCUUAUGGUUUUUAAUUCAGGCACUAAAAGGCAGCUCACCAUGCCUACUGUUAAACUUUGUGAUAGUCCUUUAAAGAGAGUCGUCAAAUUUAAGUACCUAGGCCACUGGGUAACAGAGGACUUAAAUGAUGACUUAGAUAUAGAAAGGGAACGCAGGGCGUUGGCUGUUCGCUGUAAUAUGCUGGCCCGCAGGUUUGCACGAUGUACUAAAGAAGUAAAAGUAACGCUUUUUAAAGCGUAUUGUCAGUGCUUUUACACAUGCAACUUGUGGGUUAGAUAUACGCAGCGGGCAUACAACGUCCUGCGUGUCCAAUAUAAUAAUGCAUUCAGGGUGCUGUUGGGAUUGCCGCGUUAUUGUAGUGCCUCUGCUAUGUUCGCUGAGGCACACACGGAUGGCUUUCAUGCCAUUAUUCGUAAAAGGUCUGCUUCGUUACUGAGUCGUCUGCGUAACUCAACCAACAGCAUUCUGAACACACUUGCUGAUAGGUGGGACUCGGCCAUUAUGAGGCAUUGGUUGAGUCUACAUGUAAAACUAAAUAAGUGAGAUAUAUGUAAUGUACGCGGGAUGGUUAAUUUGAUAAGUUAAGAAUAUAAAGAAAGAGAACUUAUUUACUAACACUAGUCUUAAGUUUUUUUUUUUUUUUUUUUAUUGUUAUACUAACAUCUCUAUGGACUGAGUCUGAAUAAAAAAAUAUUAUUAUUAUUAUUAUUAU